GCGCGCCACUCAGUCGCUCUGUGGAUCUGUGGAUGCGAGAACCGUCCGAGCGCACCGGCACCAAACUAAACAAUGACAUUAUCUCACACGAUACGACACAUCCACAGCCAUAUCUGACAACCUUCAACACUUCAGUGCCUCUUCUGCUCGCCUUUUCCGCCUCAGUCCAGCCCCGUGCCCAGAGGCUCCAGUUGAACCAUGAUGCUCAGCAGCUCAGUGGACGUCCCAAGUCCAGGGGGGAUGAGCGCAGUGGCGGCCCGUAACGUGAUUCGCAGUUCCAGCAUAAGCGGGGCCAUGUACAAUCUGGAGAAAAGUCCAAGUAACACGUGUCCUGACGCCACAGGCCCGGCCGGAAACAAGAAACGUCGCUCCAGUCUCGGAGCCAAAAUGGUUGCUAUUGUGGGUCUGUCACAGUGGAGCAAGAGCACACUGCAACUCAACCAGCAAGAUGGAGGAACCAAAAAGCUACGAAGCACCAUCAGGCGGAGUACAGAGACGGGUAUAGCGGUGGAGAUGAGGAACCGCGUCACACGACAGGGCAGCAAGGAUUCGACGGAUGGCAGCACCAACAGCAACAGCUCUGAUGGAACGUUCAUCUUUCCUACCACUCGUCUGGGCCCUGAGAGCCAAUUUAGUGACUUCCUGGAUGGCCUUGGCCCCGCCCAGAUAGUAGGACGGCAGACAUUGGCCACACCUCCAAUGGGUGAUGUUUAUGUUGGAGUGAUGGAUAGAGGAGGUCAGUUAGAGGUGGAGAUCACACAGGCCCGAGGGUUGACCCCAAAACCAGGCUCAAAAAACAUUCCAGCUACAUACAUAAAGGUUUAUGUCUUGGAAAACGGCAUGUGUCUCGCUAAGAAGAAAACCAAAGUGGUUAAGAGAACCCUGGAUCCCACAUUCCAGCAAUCACUGACGUUUGAUGAGAGCCCUCAGGGCAAAGUGCUACAGGUGAUUGUAUGGGGUGACUACGGCCGCAUGGACAACAAGUGUUUCAUGGGAAUGGCACAGAUCCUUCUGGAUGACCUGGAUCUGUCAUCGACGGUGAGCGGCUGGUACAAGCUCUUCCCAACCUCCUCUAUGGCGGACCCCAGCAUCGGACCCCUGACGCGUCGCCUCUCUCAGUCCUCGCUCGAGAGCGCCCCCAGCCCCUCGUGCACCUAAGCGCGGCCGAGAGACCCAGCCAUCCGCGUCCCCUUAAAUAUGCCUGUGUUCUCUAUCUCUAUGUGUGUAUCUUUGUUCAAUAUACCCCACCACCUAUACCCCAAAAAGCAUGUACACACACUCUGAUAGAUUUAACCAACUCAUAACCCAGAGCGGGAACGCUCUUCUUUCUACAGAUAUAUUACAGAGUUGGAUACAAAUCAGGCACGACGCACACAAACGCUCACACGCACCUGUGUGUGGAUGUGUGUGUAACCAUGCAGUACAGAAUGGGUCACGGCUAGUUACAUGUAUAUCCACAUUUUCCACAGGUCGUAACACAAAACAAACAGGGGCAUUUCAUAGUUAUAUCUGGAAAUGUUCCUGAUGAUGUAGCAUUUGUGUUGGCUUCUGUGGCCGUGGGUUCUUCUAGACCUGUAGGGUCCGGACCUCCGAGGGUCGUUCAGUUCUCUAUGCCAAACUCGAUAAAAGUUUUAUUUUUUAAAAACCAAAGCAAUUCUUAUUAUCUGUAGUUCUUCUAGAGUAUGGAUAUGUAGCAGAGUCAUCGACUUGGAUGAGAUGCAAAAAAAGAAAAACUCGUAGACUACAUACAGAAUUGAACUUUUUAAGAGCAGGGCUCAACUCCGCAGGUCAGGUUAUUAGAAAUGCACACAGCUGCUGCCGCGUAACGUAGCAUAUUUUUCCGAGCGCCGAGUCAAAUAUUUGUGUUCACGUAUUUAUCGAUUGCAUUCUGCACGUUUAUUCGCAACCCUUGUUGAAGAAAAUAUGUGAACGGCUACUUUAAGCUUGCCUAUAAAAGUUACGUAGAAUUAUAGAUGGUAGGUUAUUUAUUUCGCUAACUUUUCGUCUGAAAAAAUAUAUUAUCUGCACUGAGCUGCAUACACGGUCGGUGGAAAUCGAACCCCUCCGUAUGUUAAGGAGAACCAGCUGUCCAGUUAAACCAGCAACCCUCAUUUCCAGCUGCAUUGUGGGAUACACAGGAAAGAUUAAGAAUACUUCCUGUACCGGCAGCGGCGCAAAGCUUUCUGGGAAACGUAGCCCUCGUAUGGGGAUCUGGUACUGGAAUGGCAUCUCUUUACAGUAUGUUUGGACAAGUUUGGGUUUCUUUCUACCAGCAUAUGAAUUUAUUGUAACUGAUUUAAAAGUUUCCUGUUAUACUCAGGAGGUCACCGCUGAACAACAUCACACGCAACAAUAUGAGGAUUGGCGAUGCAUUCGCUGUCCCAAAAGAAUCCCAAACCAAUCUAAUUCUGUAUAAUCCUGGACAUUUUUUGUUGUGAAGCUUAUGAACUGCUAGUGUGACUGCUGCUGUCCAGUCAGUCUUCUUUAGCUUCCUCUAUGAAGAUUGAGUCUUUCCUCGGUCUUUAGUAGGCCUAUUGCAGAGACUUGCUCAAGUCGGUGCUCCAUAUUAAAGGCGGGGUGCAUGAUCUCUGAAAGCCAAUGUUGACAUUUGAAAUCACCUAAAUAAACACGCCCUACCCCAAUAGAAUCUGGACCUUUUUUUGAUGAACCCAUACGCAACCCAGGCAACGAUGUUGGUUAGUAGACACGCCCCUUACUGCUGAUUGGCUACAGUGUGUUUUGGUACUCAGCCCGACUCCCUUUUCCAAAGUGUUUUUCAGAAAUCAUGCACCCCGCCUUUAACAAGAUAAGGGAUUUUUUUCCGAAAAUGAUAUCUUAGUAUUUCAUUUUGUACAAACCCUUUAUGGUUUAUUAAGUUAUUAUGCGCUUUGUUUCAGUGAAAUAUUUUCAUCAAAAGCAGGACAUGUUUUAUUUUUUAAAACAAAUUGAUCAGAUUUGUUUUAUCAUCUUGUGAUUUGUGUCAUUCAAUCUGGUAACUCUUUUAUUAUGAAUCAUAAGAAGUGAACGUUGUUUGAUUCUCUGGUUUGACGUGUCAGAAUAGUGUUUUGUAAGAAAAAGACCAUCAGCAAAGCUUUCCAACUUAUCAUUUUAGAUCAUAUCAAAAGUUAAAGUCACCACUAUCCUGAUCAAGAUGCAAGACGUACAGCACCUAAUCAUUGAACAAUCCCCAUACUGCUAAUACUUAUGACAUUAAAAUCACAAUCCAUUUACAUUUCAUGUAAUUUUUUCUCUAUAUCUGUAGGCUACAAAGCCUUUCUGUCUGUGCACUUAGCAUGCACAGUUUUCACUGCAUUGGUGGUGUAGAGCCAUAAAGGUUUCUUUAGGAAAUCACUUCUUUACAAUUUAUCUGAAUGUUUGAUCUUCAUGUGCAAUUUUGAUCAAGGCUAUAAAGAACAUAGAUAAUGUUUCCUUUAUCAUGACUAUUUAUUUUGAAGGAAAAUAACAUAAUUUUUGGCCAUAAAAAUCACUAUACACAAAUACAAACAGGAUAAUAUCACGCACAAUAAAUGCAUUGCAUUUGAAUUGUUUCUGCAAGGCCAAUAUCUAUGUUGGACCAAACACAAUGGCACUUUCUUAUUUCUUAUAUAUCUAUAACUGCAAAAAAAAAUAUACAAUGAAAGCAACUCAUUCUGCAGAAACUUUUAAACCUUACUCGCCGAUAUCACCUUUAAAUGUAUAAAAGUUAAAUAAGUCACAACUCUCUGCUGUUAAUGCUCACAUUGAACUCCUGCUUUUUUGUAUUUGCACAAGUUUUGAGUAAGUUGUACCUUUGUGUUGCACCACUUACAGACAAAAGUUUGUAGAUCAAAUUCAGAACAAAAUAUAAGACUUGGUAAUUCUAAUUAAUGGUUACUAUUGUAUUAAUUUACUGAAAACAAAAUUGUAUUUGCAGGUGAAUGUUUGUCCUUGGUAAAUGCUAUGAAACAACUAUUAGUAGAUAUUGAUAUUUUUAUAUGUAAUUUUAUGUACUUGGGAAAUUGGGAUGGUGUGUGUCCCUUUACUGUAUGAAGUAUUUACAAAAUCAUACUGGUGUUGCAUUUUUGCAAAAAGAGUCUGAAUGCAUGAGUAUUUAAACUGUAGCCUAUUUGCUUUAAAAAUUUUCAGGCAUAGUGGAGGGAUGUUGUUUGUUGGAAUUCAGAGCUAGACCAAAUGCAACAGUGACAAAAUAAUCUAGUUUGGAUGCAUUUUGAUAUUUGAAAAAAAAAUGCUUUCGGUCCUUGCUUGGCCAUGACGGUAAACUUUAAAUAUACAUUUCUGUUUGGGCAGUGUUGGCUUUUUGAGUAUGAUGUUGUAAAUACCAGAGAAAAGUAUAAAUGCAUUGGUGUUCAAUGAAUGAUGCUUUAUAUGCUGGAACACUUUGUUCUUUUAAGUUAAUGAAAAGAAUAAAUGGUCAAAAUAUGCACCCCAGCUAUACCCUUUCUAAAAGUACAGCUUUGCCGAUUUCAUAUUAGUUCCUUAGAGGUAAAUAUUUGUACCAAAUGUAUACAAAUCUGUACCUAAUGGUACAUAUCAGGACCUUUUAAAAGGGUACUGCCCCGGUGGCAGCUGGGGUACAUAUUUUGACCAUUUUUGUACUUAUUGACGCAAGUUUAGGUUUUUCUUUGCAGUUUUAUGGCAUGUUCAGUUACAUGAGUGACCUCAGCCUGACUGGGGAAUGACCUUAAUACAUCAAAUACAGAUACAUAACAAAAUGCACAGCGGGUUUGUGUUAGCAGACAAUCAGAAUGGAUACAGUCACAUAUGUAGUCAUAAUGCAUUUACAGUCAACAAUGGACAGUAGAUUAUUGUGACUUGGGAAUGAUGUGUUUAUUUCAUGGAUUUUUGCUUGUCUGGUAUUGUACGAUAUAUAUCAAUGAUCUGUAAAUGUUGAGAGAUUGCUUUCAUUUCUAAUAAGAUUGUGAUCUCCCUUUACACUUACUUGGACCCUUUUAAACCUUUGUAAUAUGAGGUGCGUGUUGUCACAUUUGUGAACAUAUAUUAGGGUCAUUGAAGCUAUAUUUAGCUUAUUUUUGUAAAAAAUAUAUAUAUAUAUAUAUAUUAUGGUUAACAGUAAAAAGCUGAAUUCUGCUAUGUUGUAAAUUGCCUUACUUGUCAUAUUUUAUUUAAAGGCACAGACAGAUUAUUAAAACAUUUGAGUGUUUUGCUUUAAUAUUGAAAAUUAUAAUGAUGAUACUAAAGUCUCUCAAACUUGAAUGUAAUUAUUAUUAUUAAUAAUAUUUUAUAUAUAUAUAUAUAUAUAUAUAUAUAUAUAUAUAUAUAUAUAU